CAUAAGAUAUAACACAUGGCUUAUAAACAUGUGAACAGAUCAAAACCACAUAUUUACACAUGAGCCUUCACACGCACAUACAGUACAAUGUCAAAAAUAUACACAAAACAGCCAGGGGAAGUGAAAUAAAACUGAAACUUUGAAAUAUCACGAGACCAUUGAAAACAAUGAUGUAUAAGCCAAAGUACAAUGACUCAAACAACAGAAUCUGAUUUUGACUGUUUUGUCUUCAGAAGUCAAACUAAAACGUUUAAAUCACCAUGAAGUUCUUCCUGAUGUUAAUGUUGAUUGGAGCCAGCAUGCUUUUCUCCAAAGCGCUGCAGCCUUUCGGCCCAGGUUACAACAGCCACUGCAUGUGUGUGAAACUCGAGUCGAGGAUAAUCCCACCAGAUAACUUGCAAAGUGUGGAGAUCUUGCCCAGAGGUCAUCACUGUAAGACUACAGAGGUCAUUGCCGGUUUAUCAAGUGGAGAGAAGAUCUGCCUUAACCCCAGGACACCAUGGGUUAGAAAACUCAUUAACUUUAUUGAGAAAAAAGAAAGAAGCAACAAGAAAGAGUAAUAGACACUAAUAUCACUUUGAUUACAUCUAUUCACAUCUAGUCAUCUAUCCUACACCUUCGCCAUCUAUUCUGUGACAUUCAUCAAAGGUUAAUCACUAUAAUUUUGCGUUUGUAUUUUUGCAACAAUCUUUUAUUAUAAGCCUACUUCUGUUGUUAUAGUUUUAAAAUGUAUGGAUGAUGUUAUUGUGUUUUUAAUAAUGCCUAUGGUUGAAAAGAGCUGACAUUUCAUAUUUUCUUUGCAUAACAGUGGUUUGAAACACAGCUCUGUUUUGACAUAAUUCAGAUUUCAUUAUAACCAAGUCUUACCCAAUCCGUUUUGCAAGUAAACUGUUCUACUAAUGUUAUAUUAUAAUCAUACAUUUGACAUCUAUGAGGAACAUCCAGAAUGUUUGCCAAGUAAUUUGAGCAGACAUAAGAUUGCAUUUUUUGUCCUCAAGGAAAGCUUCCUAUUACUCAUCGGUCCAAGAAGUCUGAUGUUUAAUGUAUGAGACACUAUGGAAAGGAUAAGAUUGCUUGGAUAUUUUUUGUUACGAUUUUUCAAGUCUAAAAUUCCUCAUGGAACAAUGGUAAAAAAGUUGUCUUAAACCAACCCUUUUAAGAGUCUUUAAUGAUAUUAAGGUUGCAAGCGAUUCUGGCCAGUAUAUUGCUUUGGUUUUGUUAGACUUUAGUUCUGCAUUUGGGUUAGGGUUAGAGGGUUCAGGUCGUAUCUUACCGAUCCUAGGUUUAUUGUCAAUAUCGGCCAAGAUCCUUCCUCUGAGGUACCCUUAAGGUCUGGUGUACCUCAGGGCUCGAUUCUUUUAUACUUUUCUCCCUACGAUUCCUUUAGGAUCUAUUUUUAACAAAUAUGGCAUCUCUUUUCAUCUAUAUGCAAAUGACACCCAAAUCGAUAUCCCUUUAAAGUGUGAUUAUAAAUAUACCUUUAAGCCAAUAUUGAACUGUCUGGAAGAAAAGAAACUUUGGCUUGCAGUGAAUUUUUUAUGCCUCAAUGACAGUAAAACUGAGUUUAUCGUGUUUGGCUGUAGUGUACUGUACUGUAGUGAAGUAGGCGGGAUGAGACCGUGAGUCGCGGUCUCAUAUCACGGAGGAGAUCGGGAGCAUAAGAGGACGAGCAACCGGACCGUCAAUGAGAGAGUUGUGGUUUUAAUUGUGGUUUGUGUGUGUCGCUGGCAGUCGUCCUUGAGGGGCUGCCGGCUGUCUAUUUUAUAUUGUUUUAUUAAACGUUUGAAUGUU